CGUUGGGCCCCGUCCGUAGCUUCAGGCGCGGGCUUUGAAGAAAAACUGUCGCGGAGGUGUCAUGGUGCCACCGGGGCCGUCCGCAGCUGCCGAAGAGCGGCAGAGAAAGCUCCAGGAGUACCUAGCAGCCAAGGGAAAACUGAAGUGCCAAAACACCAAGCCUUAUCUAAAAGCCAAGAGCAAUUGUCUGAAUCCUCCACCUUCUAAAUCUCAUAUUAUACCCAAAAAAGAUGUUACCAAUCGUGUUGCUUUGCCUACCAAAGGUACAAGACCCAUCAGCAUUAAACUCCAACCCAGACCUGCCAAUAAUACAGGACCCCAGAACCCACAGUUGGAGUCACCAAAACUUCUGGGUAAAAGGCUGACUUCAGGAUGUGUUUCUUCUAACUCAAACUGCAAGCCUUCCAGCAGUCAUCAACCACAGCAUAAAGCUGGGUCAUCCACUACUGGAGAAUUAUCUAGAAAAACUAUAGGGUCACUUAAUGUGCAAGAAUUGAAAACUGCAAAGCACCAUGUAGCAGAUCAAGGAACUACUAAAUGUUCAGACUCUGUGGACAAUAACCAUAUUGAACAUGAACCCUUGGAUAGCUGUCUAAAAGAGAUGAACAAAGAGAACUUGCCCCAAACCUUACCAGACUCUGAAAGGAAGUCAAAUCCUGAAUUACAGACAAUAAGUAAACCAAAGACUAACUCUUAUAAUCAAAUCAAGAGCAGUUUGGCUCCCAAACAAGCCUUGGGCAAAAGUUCCAGGAAUAGUGCUGUUCUGAAAGACAGAGUUAAUAAACAAUUUGUUGGAAAAACACAAAUUAGGAUACCACCAGUAAAGUCACAGCAACUCUGUAGGGGAACAAAUCUUGCCAGACCAGGAGAAAAACUCCCAAAGACAGUUCCCUCUCACCAUGUUCAGAUCCUUAGUAGGACUCCGGCACCAAAGAAACCUGUGGUCAAGGACAUAAAGGAUAUAAAGGUUAAUAGGGAUAAAUAUGAAAGACCAAAUGAAACUAAGUUUAAAUCACACAUUGUUACUGAACAGAAAAUAAAACAAACCAAAUCCUGGAAAUGCCCUAAUAUGCUUCAGGGAGGCUUUAAUAACAGACAUCCAAACAUUAAGCAAGAUCAGAAAUCCACCCGACCUUGUUUUAGAACUCAGACGUCAUGUGCACUGCAAAAUUCAAGAGCCAUAAGCCAAAGGCCUAAUUUGGCAGUUGGCAGUUUUAAUUCGGUCAUCCCAAGUACCCCUAACAUAACAGCAAAUGGAGCCAAUGGGAAUAAAUGCAGCAACAGCUAUCAACAAAAAGCACAGACUCUGGACUCCAGGUUGAAAAAGACUCUUCCCCAGAACCAAUUUCUCAAUAAAACAGCUUCCAAAACUCAAGCUGGUAACAAAACCAUAAGUGGAGGAAGAGUCCCAAAUGAAACCCAGACUAAUCCAAAUAUUAAGAAGAAGAUCACAGCAGAGGAUCGAAGGAAACAACUGGAAGAAUGGCAGAAAUCUAAGGGGAAAAUCUAUAAGCGGCCUCCUAUGGAACUUAAAACAAAAAGAAAAAUAAUAGAGGAAAUGAAUAUUUCAUUCUGGAAGAGUAUGGAAGAAGAAGAAGAAGAAAAGAAAGCACAACUUGAACUGUCCAACAAAAUUAACAGCACUCUAACACAAUGUCUGCAACUCAUUGAGGAGGGUGUACCUUCUAAUGCAGUAUUUACCAUAUUGUCCAGUAUUCCUGAGGUCGAAAAAUUUGCUAAAUUCUGGAUCUGUAAAGCGAAGUUGUUGGCAAGUAAAGGUCCCUUUGAUGUUAUUGGGCUGUAUGAAGAGGCCAUUAGAAAUGGGGCAACACCAAUACAAGAGUUACGGGAAGUUGUUCUUAAUAUUUUGCAAGACCCGAACAGAACCACAGAAGGCGUUACCUCUGACUCUCCAGUUGCUAAGACGAAUGUAACAGCAACAGAAGAACUGGCCGACAAGACGGAAUCUGAAAAGUCUUAUCUGAACGAGGGAGAACAGGUUACAGCAACACCCCAAAUAACCAAGGCAGUACAGGAUGAUCACCCUGGUAUCAAAUUACAGAUCGCCCCGAUCCCUAGGAUAAGCGGCUUGCCGGAAGUACAAGACGUGAAGCUCAUCACCCCCGUGCGGCGCUCGGCCAGGAUUGAGCGCGCGGUGUCCCGCUACCCAGAAAUGCUGCAGGAGCAUGAUGUGGUGGUGGCGUCUCUCAAGGAGCUGUUAGAAGUGGAAGAAACAGAGUGUUUCAUAUUUCGUAAAAAUGAGGCCUUGCCUGUAACAUUAGGGUUUAAAAUCCUCGAGUCCUAAUUUCUUAAUGCCUUUUUGUUGUUGUUGUUAAAGGUGCUUUCAGAGCCUCGUCCAGGUGACCUGGACAAAACUUUAUAAAGGACAGGCAGACUGCGGGCUCUCAGGAGUUAGAAGCCCCGGGGCUUACUCUCAAAUUUAAUAUCCCCACGGGACUGCCUUUGGUUUAUUUAAGACUACAGUUUGCCACAGUUUUAUAGUAUGUAAAUUUUAAACUAUAGACUAUUCAUUUACCCCACAAGUAUGGUAAACAUUUUCACCUUAUUGACCUAAUUUACUCUCAGCAUAGUUGUUUUUUACAUGAGGAGGCUGGUGCCCUAGGAUGAUAGACUUCCUUCCUGCAGCCAACUUCCCAGAGGGGGCGAGUCCUCCCUACCCUGGUGAGGGGAGCUUAGAAGCUAGCUUUCCGGACCAGAUGCCAUGCGACAGACUGAGCAAAUUCCCUCAUUUCACGGAGCCGAUGCUAGCUAUGCUUUUGCUCAGAUGUCCCAGAUGAUUCUCGUAUGUGACUCUGACUUCCAUCACAGUGUCCCUACAGAUGAGGGGCAAUUCCCGUCCUGUCUGUCCCAGGGCUUCUCCAGUG